AUGCGUGUCGCAACAGUUGCCAAUUUCUUGGCAUCGGCCUCUCUGGCCAUCGCGUUCGAUUGGCAGCAGGUUCUCGGAGAUAACGAUCGAGCUCCUCUAUCCAGCGAGUCCAAAUCCACCGACGCGCCUUCGUACCGAUCCGAGCUCUUGAGCUUGCACAAGUCUCUCAUUGAGACUUCUUCGGUUUCUGGAACAGAGCAUGAUGUUGGCGUAUGGCUUGAGUCGUACCUGAAGAAUAAGGGCUACACUACGUCGCGCCAGGAGCUCGAUCCCUUCGAAAACACGCCCGACAAAAAGCCUCGGUUCAAUGUCCUAGCUUGGCGACCUGAUGGAAAGUCGGCUUUCGAUCCCAAGAUUGUUGUCAGCAGCCAUAUUGAUGUUGUUCCGCCGCAUAUUCCCUAUGGAAUUGACGAUGGCGAGGUCACAAAGGAUACCAUGAUUACUGGCCGAGGAAGUGUGGACGCAAAGGGCAGCGUUGCUGCUCAGAUUACUGCGGUCGAGGACCUUGUUGAGCAGGACAAGAUUGAUCCACACAAGAUUCUUCUCGUUUUCGUUGUUGGCGAGGAGGUCAAGGGCGACGGCAUGAAGCGCUUCAGCACCGCUCUCGAGGAAAAGGAGCUCCCGUACAACCUGGAUGCUGUCAUUUUUGGAGAACCUACCGAGCUUAAGCUUGCCUGCGGACACAAGGGCAUGCUGGGUUGCGAUGUGAUCACCAAGGGCUUCCCCGGCCACAGCGGCUACCCGUGGCUCGGCAAAUCGGCCAAUGAGCUGAUGAUUCGAGCAUUUGCAAAGGUUCUCGACACAGAUCUCGGUAGCAGUGAUCUGUUUGGUAACACCACUGUCAACGUCGGUCGAUGGAGCGGUGGAGUGGCGUCCAAUGUCAUUCCCGAGGAGGCCAGGGUUGGCCUUGCUGUGCGAGUUGCCAGCGGAAAGCAGGCCGACGGGCACAUUGCUGUUCACGACAAGAUCCAGGCUAUUUUUGACGAGGUCGACAAGGAUGCGUUCACUUUUGACUGCACCCAUGGUUAUGGCCCUGUCGAGGCCAACUGCGAUGUUGAUGGCUUCGAUAAAAUCACCGUCAACUACGGAACCGACAUUCCCAACCUUAAGGGCAGCCACGAGAGGUACUUGUACGGUCCUGGUAACAUUCUGGUGGCACAUGGCGCGCGGGAGAACCUGACUGUUGCCGAUCUAGAGACUGCUGUCGAGGGAUAUCAGAAGCUGAUUCUUCAUGCUUUGAAGCAAUAG